GGAUGCGAUCGCAUGAUCUUGCGCGUGAUCAAUCUCCCAACUCAUCUCUGGUUUGAGAUUUACAACGAGAGUAAAGAAUAUCUUGAGGACGAAAAAUGCCGAGCCAAGAAGUUGCGAUUCCGCAACCGCCGGCAACCGAAAACGAGGAGGUUGCUCCUUCGUCGCAACCAAUCGUCGGCAUCAUCUAUCCUCCGCCAGAGGUUAGAAAUAUCGUCGAUAAGACUGCUAGUUUCGUCGCCAGGAAUGGGCCAGAAUUUGAAUCAAGAAUUAGACAGAAUGAAUUAGGGAAUCCAAAAUUUAAUUUUUUGAACUUCGGAGAUCCAUACCAUGCAUACUAUCAGCACAAGGUCAAGGAAUUUAAGGAGGGCAAAGGCCAGGAGCCGACACUGGGUGCUGGUCUGGGAAAAGGAGUUACGCUUGCUGCUCAGCAAAAGCAACAGGAAAUCUUGAAACAAGUGGAACAGCCAUUUGUUCCCAAAGACCCACCUACAGAAUUUGAAUUCAUUGCUGAUCCUCCAUCGAUUUCUGCACUAGAUUUGGAUAUUGUCAAGUUGACAGCUCAGUUUGUGGCUCGUAAUGGUCGACAGUUUCUUACUAAUCUCAUGAAUCGAGAGCAAAGAAACUUCCAGUUUGACUUCUUGCGUCCGCAACAUUCCUUAUUUCAAUACUUCACUAAGCUAUUAGAACAAUACACUAAAGUAUUAAUUCCACCAAAAGAUUUACUCCCCCGUCUACGAGAUGAGUCUUGUAAUAUGGAUAAAAUAUUGGAGCAAGUUAAAUAUCGCGCAGAAUGGUUGAAGUAUCAGGAGGCUCAACGGCGGAAAGAAGAGGAAGAAUUAGAACGAGAAAGAGUGGCUUAUGCACAAAUCGACUGGCAUGACUUUGUUGUGGUUGAAACAGUGGAUUACCAGCAGUUUGAAGUUGGUAACUUCCCAGCACCGACAACUCCAGACGAAGUAGGCGCUCGUGUGCUGAUGCAAGAACGUAUUGAAGAAGGAGAAGAUGUUGAAAUGCAAAUCGAGAGCGAUGGAGACGAUGACAUGCAAACUAGAAAUGACAACGAAAAAGAUCGCGCAAAAGACAAUAAUCAAGUUCAAGAUAUGGAGGAAGACUCGAGUGAUGAAGACGACGUAUCUCCUCCGGGUGAAUCACAAAAGAAGGAAUCAAAACCACGCGAUGGAAGUAUGCAACCACCACCAUUGCCACCUACCCCUGGAAAUGUCGUUGUCAAGAAAGGAUACGAUCCAAAACAACAUGCAACUAAAACUGUUCGUCCUGCUGCUCCUGACGAGUAUCUGAUCUCGCCGAUCACUGGCGAGCGUAUUCCAGCGAGCAAAGUGCAGGAACAUAUGCGUAUCGGUCUUCUGGAUCCACGCUGGGUGGAACAGCGCGACAAACACCUCGACAAGUUAGCCCAGGAGACCGUAUUCGCGCCUGGAACCGCCAUAGAAGCCAGCCUGAAGCAGUUAGCGGAGAGACGUACCGACAUCUUCGGCGUUGGCGACGAAGAAACGGCAAUCGGUAAAAAGAUCGGCGAAGAGGACAAGAAGAAGGACGACAAAGUCACUUGGGAUGGGCACACGUCGAGCGUGGAGGCCGCCACGAGGGCAGCCCGCGCGAAUAUCACUCUCGAAGAGCAGAUUCAUCAGAUUCACAAGGUCAAGGGACUCUUACCAGACGAAGAGAAAGAGAAGAUCGGCCCGAAGCCCGCUAAUCGUGCCGCUGAAUUGUCGCACAUGGCUGCAGCUGCAUCGAAACCUCAGGCCACCUUGAAAGCUCCACCGAAACCUCCAGCACCGAAACCCAUGCCGGUUCCAUCUCAACCUCCACCGCCUACCAUGAGCAUGCCCACGAUGGGAAUGCCACAGCCCAUGAUGCCUUCAGCUCCUAUGAUGAUGAUGCCGCCUAUGCCUCAAAUCAGACCACCUCCACUUAUGCCUCCGACGAUGUUCAUGCCCGCUCCACCUCCAACACAACCACCUAUGCCUACAUCAAUGGGUAUGAAGCAUCCUUCGGAGCCAAUGGAAGAAGAACCUCAGGCUAAGAAACUGCGAACUGAAGACUCCCUGAUACCGGAACAGCAGUUCCUGGCCAGAAAUAAGGGCCCGGUUCAACUAAGCGUCGCUGUACCGAUGAUGGCUGAAAAGGCAGAAUGGAAACUCAAUGGGCAGACGUUGAACAUUACGUUACAGCCGAGCGAUACUGUGGCAACCAUGAAGGCACGAAUUCACGAACAAACUGGAAUGCCUCCAGGAAAGCAGAAGCUGCAGUACGAGGGGAUGUUCUUUAAAGAUAACAACACACUUGCUUAUUAUAAUCUGACUUCGGGUAAUGUCAUCAAUCUCCUGCCGAAGGAAAGAGGAGGCAGGAAGAAGUAAGGCGUUAUUCGGAGAGGUAUUUGAGGCCCAUUUAUGCAGAUUAUUGGGUUGGUACCGAGCAAACAUUUUUAAGAGAAGGAAGGAAACCUUCAAUUUUAUUGAUAACGAUUUAAUCUUAAUAUUAAUGAGCGCAAUUGUUUGGACUCAUAUGUGCGUGCAUACAUCCGAUUUAAUUGAUUGUCAGCUUAAGAAACAGAGGUCACAAAAUAUAUUCUCCCUGUAGUUG